ACUGUGCGGGACGGUGCCGGACCAUCGUAUUCCUCUUAUCCUGAGGAACCUCAGACUGUGCGGGACGGUGAUGUUUUUCCAACAAAUAAUAGGUUUUUCUGUACUAAGUGCGGGAUGUGUUUUUCAGAGAAGUCCAAUCUUUCCAUACAUCAGAGAUCCCACACACAGGAAAAGCCGUAUUCCUGUUCUGAGUGUGGGAAAUGUUUUGUAAAAAAAUCACGUUUUGUCACACAUCAGAGGUCUCACAAGGGGAAAAAGUUGUACUCCUGUCCGGAGUGUGGAAAAUAUUUUUCAAAUAAGGCACUUCUCCACAGACAUCUGAGGUCUCACACGGGUGAGAAGCCGUAUUCUUGUUUUGAGUGUGGAAAAUGUUUUUCAAUGAAGUCACAUCUUUCCAGACAUCAAGGAUUACACAUGGCUGAGAAACCAUAUACCUGUCGUGAGUGCGGAAAAUGUUUUUCAUGUAAUUCCAGUCUUCACAGACACCAGAGAUUGCACACGGGGGAAAGGUCACUUUCCUGUCCUGAGUGUGGAAAAUGUUUCUCGAGUAAAUCUAGUCUUCAUAGCCAUCAAAGAUUGCACACGGGUGAGAAGCCGUAUUCCUGUCCUGAGUGCGGUAAAUGUUUUUCGAAUAAGUCAAGUCUUUCCUAUCAUCAGAGUUCACACAUGACUGAGAAGCCGUAUACCUGUCCUGAGUGUGGAACCUGUUUCGCACAAAAAUCUGAACUUGUCAGACAUCAGAGGUCUCACACGGGUGAGAAGCUGUAUUCCUGUUCUGAGUGCGGGAAAAGUUUUUUAAUCAAAGCACAACUUUUCACACAUCAGAGGUCUCACACGGGGGAAAAACCGUACUCCUGUUCUGAGUGCGGGAAAUGUUUUUCAGACAAGUCCACUCAAAAGAGACAUCAGAGGUCACACACGGGUGAGAAGCCGUAUUCCUGUCCUGAGUGCGGGAAAUAUUUUUCAAGGAAUUCACAUCUUUCCAGACAUCAGAAAUCGCACGCGGGGGAGAAGCCGUAUUCCUGCUCUGAGUGCGGGAAAUGUUUUUCAGAGAAGUCCCAUCUUUCCAGACAUCAGAGAUCUCACACGGGGGAGAAGCCGUUUUCCUGUUCCGAGUGUGGAAAGUGUUUCCGUUUUAAAUCCGGUCUUAAUGUGCAUAAAAGAACUCACACAGGCGAGAAGCCACAUUCAUGUUCUGAGUGUGGGAAAUGUUUUAUACAGAAAUCAGGUCUUGUCAUACAUCAGAGAUCUCACACGGGAGAGAAGCCAUUUUCCUGUCCUGAGUGCGGGAAAGGUUUUGCAAAAAAAGCACGUCUUGUUGCCCAUCACAAGUCUCACACGGGGGAGAAGUCGUAUUCCUGUUCUGAAUGUGGGAAAUGUUUCUCAGGCAAGACCAAUCUUUAUAGACAUCGGAGAUAUCACACGGGUGAGAAGCCAUAUUCCUGUCCUGAGUGCGGGAAAUGUUUUAGAGAUGGCUCCAAUCUUUACAGACAUCAGAGGUCUCACACAGGGGAAAAACCAUAUUCCUGUGCUGAGUGCGGGAAAUGUUUUUCAGAUAAGUCCAAUCUUCAUAAUCAUCAGAGAUCACACAUGGAGGAGAUUCCGUUUCCAUGUCCUGAGUGCGGAAAAUGUUUUUCAAGCAAGUCACAUCUUUCCAGACAUCAGAGAUUGCACACGGGUGAGAAACCGUAUUCUUGUCCUGAGUGCGGGAAAUGUUUUUCAAAUCGAUCACAUCUUCACAGACAUCAGAGGUCUCACACGGGGGAAAAGACACUUUCCUGCCCUGAGUGUGGAAAAUGUUUAUCAGAUAAGACCAGUCUUUAUAAUCAUCAGAGAUUGCACACGGGUGAGAAGCCGUAUUCCUGUCGUGAGUGCGGAAAAUGUUUUUCAAAUCGGUCUAGUCUUUGCUAUCAUCAGAAGUCGCACACGGGGGAGAAGCCGUAUGCAUGUACGGAGUGCGGGAAAUGCUUUUCAAGGAAGUCGCAUUGUGACAGACAUCGGAGAUUGCACACACGGGAGAAGCCACUUCCCUGUCCUGAGUGAGGGAAAUGUUCCUCACUGAAGUCCUGUCUUCCUGUACAUCAGGGAUCCCACACAACC